AAAAAAAAAAAAGGCAUAUAUAUAAUAAGGGCUGUAUUUGGUCCCAUAAAUUCUUUUUUUGUUACCUCCUGAAAUGCAACAUGAUCUAUAGUGCACAGAUUCUUGCUUUCCAGGGAAAUACUCAUGCCAUCUGCUGGAAAGUUAUGGAGUUUAGCAAGUAAUUUUUUCAGUAGCAUUUUAUUUUGCAGGUUUUUAGAUGUUAAAUUCUUUCACUUGUUCUUUUGUAAAGAUCUGUAAAUAAAUGUAAUCUAGUAAAAGGCACUUAAGUCAGGUGGUCUGGCAACAGACAGCCCCUUUUUGUACACUAAGAAGGUAUUAAACAAAUUACCAGCAUAAUUUGGUAAUGAUUAUAUGGGCUUAACCCUUUCAAGUGAAACAGCAAUUCAGAUUAUCCAGUCAUUUAAUACUUAAGACUUCUUUCCACCCCUCAGCUGUCUGGUUAACAAUACUAGUUUUAUAGUAUGGUUGAUUGUGACAAGAAACAAAUUAAAAUCAGAUCAGUUCAUGUGGGUUACAGAAAUCAAAAUGAUCUGCAGAUGAUUCUAAAUUUCUGGACUAAAAGUAGUGAGAUAAUUCCACAUUUUCAGCUCCUUGGACAAGCCUCUAGCUUGCACACACCUUAGGUCAGCCUGUAAAUGCAUCUUUAGAUGCCCCAUAAUUACAGGUAUCCAACAUUCCUGCAGGGAUAAUGUAGGUUAACUAUCUAAUAAUAAACCAAAAAUGAUUAUGGAGUCACUUAAUAACUUCAAAAAGCAUUGUGCAUCCUCAAAGGUUAUGCAGAAAGCUCUGUCCCCUAGAUUUUACUAUUAAAUAAUCUUCAGGUUCAUACCAAUAUGAUGUAAGGAAAAAAUACAGUAUUCAAGCAUCAAAAUUCUCAGCUAUAUUUAGCUAAUACUCACUUGCUCUCUUACUACUCCACGGCUAAGACCAUUCUGAAGAAACAGAACUCAUCACACACAUGAAGUAAACUAUCUUGCUAUUCACUCCAGGUAAAGAUACAGCAAAGGGAUUGCAGAACACAGAGCUGAAUAAGCCACCUUGAAACUGCUCCCCAUGAUGAGGCUUGUGAUGUCCUUAGGCAGCCUCACAGACACCUUCAGUCUACCAGGGAUGGACAGCUCAGAAUCAGAACUGUGUAGUGGUUAGGAGCAGAAGGCAGAGUUAAGCUGGAGUUAUAGGGACAUGAAAAUCAAUUGAAAGAACAAUAAAAGUAGAGCAUUGUAUCUUUACAUCACUUCAUACUCUUGCACAGAAUUCCGUCUUCCAACUAUAGAUGAACAUGCUCUGCAGAUGAAUCAGCAAAUGAGGCUUCUGCCAGUAAGAGUCUUUAUUUAUUUAUUUAUUUACAAGGGCCAGAGUGUAUAUAGUUAGAGAGAGGAGUAACACAAAGAAAGUGUCUUCUCAUGAUUGAGAAAAUGGGUAAACUGGAGGAAUAAUUUUGUCUCUGACACCACCGACAAGUUUGUGUAUGAUUCAGGGGGUCUCAGUUAAGAACAAAGAUCACCGUGGAUGGAUACUAGACAAUAUGUGUGUGGGGGAAUUUUUUUUUGCCCUAUUUUUAAUUUGUCUUUUAAAAAAGUGUAUGGGCCAUGGUGAGAGUUCAAGUCCGACCUCAUUCCAGUAAUGUAUAAAGGUGGGCUAAGAUCAGGCUAGAAAAGUCCUUUUGUUCUUCUAUGAGGGAUCGUACAUAGUGAAGGCAGAUGAGAUGCUUUGUCACUGUCAUCAUGUGGCUCUGUGCUAAGGGGUAUGGAAGGUUACAGCCCCGGCACUCCCCAGAGGUAGCCUUGAACCUGCUUGUGAGCAAGAAUAUUCAUCUGCACAGCUUGGUGAGACAAGGCAAGGUUUUUUAUUCAGGUGCAGGAAUAACAUAUACACAUCAUAUUUUUCAUUUAUUGGUUGCCCAAAAUGAGAGAGCUCCAGGGCUGCAGAAAUGCCAAAAGUUCAUUAAUACACUCGUGUUCCAAGUACAAAACUGCUUAGUACUGGAGGGGUGGGGGGAAAUAUCUUAUGUUUCUUCACUUGAGUGUGCAAAAUUAGUGAAUGUUUUCUAAACAUGGCAAUGUUAAUGUAGUUACACUCCUCUGAUCUAUGGCAUGUGGAUGAUGCAAACAGCUGCUGCAGCAUUUAUGGCGGAUUGUAGGGUGUUAGAGUAACAGGAGUACCAUGUAAACAUAUAAAAUGAAACUAUUCAUUAUCAGCAUUAGUGAUAGGAUCAGAUUGAGUAUGAUCUAUGAUAACAUACUAAGCAAGAGAAACAGAAAUACAUGUUGAAUAAACGGUGCCAGCUGAGCUUAAUAACCUGUAGAAAAAAAUGGUAUUCUGUCAAACAGUUAUAAGACAUCUACAGGAUAAAUAUAAAUCAAGACUGAAUGUGCAAUUUUAAUUUAAGAAUUUCCUUAGCUUUUCCUUCCCUUUAAAACAUUUUAAGUCCUUUUGAUGUGUUUUGAGUAAAUACGGACAAGGUUUUUUUUGUUAGUACAGUGUAAAGUGAAUUACAGUCGGACUGAAUUGCAACAUUUCACAUGAUUUCAGUUCAAAAUAUAUAUAUAUAACCAGCUUUCCUUUUUCAGCACCCUCUAGAGUAGGCAGAAAGUUCUGGCAGCCUUUCCUGUCAUCUUAGAUAGCUGAGGUAAUAAACUCCUCUUUUUGCCUGUUUAUUAGACUCCCUGAUACUCUGAAUGUUUAAAAAUCAUUAUGGAAAUAUUGGAAAGAACUAAAUUGAAAUAUGUUAAAUUAUUAAAUAAAUCAUCAUAUUAUAAAAACAGUCCUUAAAAUGCUUUCACGUGAACACCCUACUUCAGAAAAACAGCCAAACAAACAAAAGUUUUUCCCUGGCAACCAGGUAUAAUAUUCAUAUUAAAGUGUAGAUUUACAAGCCUGUGACUGAUGUUUUACCUACUGUAAUUGCAAAAGGAGUCUCUGGAAGAUGUGUUACAAGGUGUAUCAGUUGUAUGCUUAUCACUCUUGCAAGACAAUCAAGUCAUCAGCUCUUGCUGCCUACCUCACAGAUCCUCCAUGGUACUGUCUAAUGACUCUCUUUUUAUUCCCUUUAUAAUUUUAUGUCUUUUUACGCUGGUGAUUUCCCUCUUGGAUCCUUGAGCUGCUUCCUAAUCCUAUAUCAAUAAUCUCCCUUCUGUAUGCAAUUUUACUGUUAUUAUUUUGCAUAAUUCUCACAGUUUGGCAAAUUUUUCAGUAGUCUGAGCCAAAUACAUGCAGCUGGCCUGUCUCAAAACUAGCCCUUGGGCCACAGACAGCUGAGUCCAUAGGAGGAUAACAUAUAAUGAAAGCUCGCCAUUGUUUCCUCCCUGCCCCCAGCCAUCUCUAAUCUUACGCUUCGGCCCAGGUGUUUCCAAAGAGCUCUGCACCACUUCCUCCCCAGCUGAGCUUUCACAGGUAGGUUAUGCAACCGCUGUUGAAAGGAAAUACCGUCUCAGCAAACCUACCGGCUUUCACGAAUGUGUAAUUCAGGCGGUCUCCUGAAGCGCAUCUGGGCCGCUUUGUGGAUUGGUGGUAAAAGACUAGAAUUCAGCUGCAGCAAGGGUGCAAUAAGCAGUAAUACAUCAAUAACUCCUAACAGGAAGCUAAGGGUUGCAGAAGUUACUGUCUCCUGUUUCUAAGAUUGUAAAUGUUGUUUUCAUCAAUGGCAUUAAACUGCCAAGGAAAGGGCAACCAUUUCCCUAUCAGUUUACACUGACAAUUCAUUAUUCAUCAUACAGAAUUAGAGAGCUUAACUGAAGGUCUUUGAGAGAAGUCUCGAGCAAUACAUCAUAGAAGCUUGGUAGCUGAGAUGUUGUUGAUUCUUUCCAAGCAAAAUAUAUCUCUAUCUAAAAAACCAAGUUUGACAGCUUUUCUUUUUGUUUUGUUGUUGUUGUUUUUUUUCAUUUGUUUGGUUUUUAAACAUGUAAAUUUGCUUGAAAGGAUACUGUAAAAAGAAUUGAACAUGGACCUGAUAUCUGGAAGUGCUUUUUGUUAUUAUCCUUACUAAUGUCAUAAUAUGUUUGCUGCUGCAACCAAAAACUUUGUUAAACAGGUUGGUGACGGAGGAAGACUAGUUCCAGUGCCCAGUCUCAGUGAAGCUGAUAAAUACCAACCUCUGAGCCUUGUGAUUAAGAAAAGAAAAUGUUCUCUUUCAAAAAAAUUUAAAUUUGCUUCAACACCUUUCACAUUAAAAGAUAUACUUCAAGGAGAGAAAGAAAUUUCUGCAGGUGUCUCGUCUUACCAGUUGCUCAACUAUGAAGACAAAUCAGAUGUUUCGCUUAAUGGUAGAAGAGGAAAUCAGAUAAUGAAUGAUGUUGGUUUUGAUGUUGCUGGAUCAGAUUCUGUUGCCUUUAAAGCUUCAUUUGGCAUAGUGACCAAGCAUGAAGUUGAAGUACCAACAUUACUUAAAGAACUUACUACCAGAAAAAUAAACUUUGAUCAUUGUCUAGUCCAUCAAUCAAGAAAAAGUAAGAUGGAAAUUUUGUGCGUGGUCAUGGAAAGUAUUAGAACUACAAGGCAGUGCUCAUUAACUGUCCAUACUGGAAUGCGUGGAGAGACAAUGAGGUUUCACAUCAUUGAAGAUCAGAAUUAUAAAGGGCGGGACAAAGCCAUUGUUUUUCCUGCACAUACAACUAUUGCUUUUAGUGUAUUUGAACUUUAUAUUCAUUUGGAUGGUAAUUUUGAGCUCUGUGUGACUCCAAUUUCAAAAGGAGGAUUUGAAAAAGAGAAAUCUGGAUCAUCUUCCCUGACCAAAUUAAGGAGGUUAAAGGCUAAUCUGUUUCAUCGAAAUAAAAGACUAAUGGAUACCUUUUCUAACUGUGAUGUUUACUUGGAGGACCUUUUUACAGAUUAUUAUGAAAAAGCUGCGAGCAUGACUGAUCUCUCUACAAGCUAUCUCAGAGAAGGGUCUCAUGUCCGAAUUAAUUUACUGAAUAACAACAUCCCCAAAGGUCCCUGUGUCCUAUGUGGACUGGGUAGUUCUAGAAGGGAGACUGUCUACGGAUGCCUAGAAUGCUCCUUUAAUGGACAUAAGUAUGUACGACUGCAUGCUGUGCCCUGUUUUGACCUCUGGCAUAAGAGAGUAAGGUAACUGAGCUAGGUAAGAGCCUGUUGUCACAGACAUGGGCGUAACUGUGCCACAAACUUUUCAGAAUUAGUAAAUAUGACUCAAAUUGUUGAAAUGCAAAAUGGUGAAAGUGCAAAACAUUUUAUUACACUAUUAUUUUCAAAUUAUUUGCUUCAUAGUCAAUGACCUUUUACUUGAAAAUGCCUUCAUGCUUUCCUUCUUUCUAGAACCUUCUCCUUCUACUACCAUGAUAAUAAAAAAACGUACUUUUAAACUGAAUUUUCAUAAUGUCAAAAUAUAUGCUGGAACUUAAAGUAAGUUGUUUACACAAACUUGUUAAACCCCAAAAUGUUGCCUUUAUCUACACUGGCAUAUGAUGGUAAAACGAGAAUAUUUGUUAAUAAUUUAGUGUUCUCAUGAAUGUUUAAUUGAAGUAUCAGAUUAAAAAACAUGCUAAAACUUA